AUGCUUAGAGAAAAUUUCAGUCUUUCGCUCCUGGGAAAACCGAUAAGCAGACCAGUGGCCUGGAAUGAGCUGUUUGAACUUCAGCAUGAGGAUGGAUACUGGGAGUGUACUGACAGGCUGAGCAGGUUCCUCAACCUGGACGUGGACUUUUUGGCAAAUGUCUUCCUUCAGGAGAAAGGCAUCCGUUCUUUUGGUGUAAAGGCUCAUGCUGAAAUUCUGAGGCUGGUAGCGUCUCUGCUGGUAUUGCAGCUGAUCCGGGUGAAGAAGCUGGAAGUGGGACGGCUGCUCGAGUCUCUCCUCCGUCUAAAAGAGUCCCAGGAGCCCAGACCGAUGUACUGGGAGGCAGUGAAGAGGGCCGUGGACUGGGCCUGUCGGACAGACAGACAGUAUCCGUGUGUGUGCAGCAGGCUGGAGAUCGGCCAGGAUUGGGAAUCAUCUACUCGUCAACUACUGGGCUGUGAUCCUCCACACCCAUAUUCCCCACUCAAACCUGUUCUGGAGAGGCGUAUGGAUGUAUCAGUCAUGUAGAAACUAGACAAAAACAUUCCUUUUCAUUGACAGCUGUUGCUUCACUUGGUGUUAGCUUAAUAUUGCAGAAAUGGCCUUAAAGUGCCUCAAAAAUAUAUUUGGACUCUUUUAGUCACACUUAAAAUUGCAAAAUGUCAAUCAAGUAUUUUCAAGUAAAUAAUGCAAAACUAACUAGUUGACAGGCCAGCUUGAUAACUGAUUAAAAUUGACAAGGAUCUUAACAAGUACAGUUCAAUAAAUAAAUUUUUGUCAAGUUUACUUUAUUUUAAUGAAACCGCAUAAUUGUAUAAUCACAAACCAAGUAAUCACUGUUUUUAUUCAUUAUACAGCUGUUUCAGUAUAUCAAGUUAAAGUAAUUGAAAAUGUGAAACGUUGAUUUGGAAAAUAAAUUCAGUUUUUUAUUUUAUUAUAUACUUUAUUUCAAUUAUUUAAAGUAAUGUUUUUUAUUAUUUUCAUUUUAGCUUGAGUUUUAGUUAUCUUUUGUUAGAUCUUGUUAGAAUUUGGAUCCAUGACUUAGAUUUUGUUGGAAAUAUUAGAUCCAGCCCCAGACAGCUGGGGCCUCAAUUAGAAAAUAUUGUGCAGAAACCAUUCUAAAUUUGAUCUUGGGAUUCAUCUUUCAAAUAUGUACAUUUGAUUAAGAAAAUGAACGUACGCACAGAAAACGCAUGUACCCCUCUCUUUCAUAUGUGAAAU